GCUCUGUGUGCGCUCACGGUGAUCAUGAAGGUCAUAGUCAGGAGCCCGUCACAGGUGACGCUACCGAAUAUGCCCUGAAGCACAUGGCCACCGAACAUCAUAUAGACUCCUUUGAUCUCGCAAGUUUCUUCCAACUUCAUGACUUGAACAGGGAUGGGGUCUGGGAUACUGCAGAGAUCGAAGCUAUCUAUGGUGUUCACCACGUCUACUCACAGAAGAAGUCAAAGGAUGAUGUCGAGCAUCAAAAGAAGGCGGACACGAUAGUGCAGGCCAUACUGAAAGCUAUGGACAAAGAUGGCAACGAAAAGGUUACUCAGAAGGAAUUUGAGGCAGUCGGACUUGCAGGUCUGCCCAGUUUCGAUGAGCUGGGCGCGGAGGGCCACCAUUAUGAUGUCGAGAGCGAGUUCUUCCUGCACCACGAAGAACAAUACCAUUCCACCCCCGAGACUCAAACCGAUGAGUCCUACACCCACCCAGAGGACCUCGAGCAUUUCGCCCAGCACGAGGCGAUCGAGCAUAAAGAGGCCGAACGCGAGGCGAAGUUCCAAGGGAUCACCGUCGAGGAGGCCCUCUUGCAACACGAGGAACAUGAACAUGACGAGGCUCCGCCCGCACUGGUGGCUGAUUCCAACGACGCCGAUAAUGACACGACUGAUGCCGCCCACCCACCCACGACCAAGAAGAUCCAGCGCCAGACACCACCAGAAAAGCAAGAUCCUGCCGUCCGCUUUCGCGACGCAAAGGCUGAAAGUGAGAGACAUGGUGAUUGGGGCUCUGGCGAUGCUGGCUAUAAGCCUCCGAAUACGCCAUCUGAGAAGAUGCGGAAGAACCUUCCGUACAAGUAUAAAUUCCGUCGGAGCUGGGGCGAUUUCUAAACGUGGUUAGGCACGAUGUCGAAUUGGAAGUCGCUUGCGAAUUUUAUAUCACGUUCUGCACGGAUGUUAUUUCUUAUUCUCGGUUGAUUAAAUAUCUCCUAAAUUCUAUGUCUCGGAAUAUACACAAAUCGGAAGGAAAAGUACAAACAGAUGCGAUUGUCCAAAGCUCAUCCGAAUAAAAAGUUAGCCACGAGAUGCUUUAAGGUUUCGUUCCCUCAAACAUAUCACCCACAAGUCCUCGCUCGACCUCUUCCCAGUCGAUGUUACCUCCGCUCAUGUACACACUCUCGUAACUCGCUAUGCUCACGCUUGAGAAGAAUGGGACGAGAUCGCGGAUGGAGUCUAUCUGGCGUAGGUCAUUGAGCAUAGGUCGACGCAUUGAUCGCUCUUCAUCUAUUGACGUUGCGAACAAAGGACUUGAUGGAGGACCCCUUGAUGAAGGGACAACACCUUCUGUGAUGGGCAGCCUUGAUCCAAUCUCUGCCAGCUGGUCGAACAUGGCCUCGGGAAGCCAGUCAUCUGGGCGAUACACUGCAUCGACGGUGUCCGUGAUGAAAAUCCAUUGAUACACUUGGAAAUCCUCUGUCUGCAGCACAAGUAAAAGGUCGAGGAAUUUACACGCGGAUAAGACUAAAGGUAGGUCUUCCGAGCCGUCGGUUGGGAGUAUUGUCAUAAGUUGGUCCAAGAGCCGGUAC